UUUCAAUCGAUUUCGAUUCUCCUAGGGUUGGGGUUUUAGGAUUUUCCGCAGAGAAGAAACAAUGGGCGGAGAGUGGCAGCAGCUCCUCCAAUCGAUAAUCCUCGGCCUCAUUUUCUCCUUCCUCCUCGCCAAGCUGAUCGCCGUAGUCAUCUCCUUCAAGGAAGACAAUCUCAGCAUCGCUCGCGCUCGCACUGCCGCCCCCGCCGAUGUCAAUCCGCCGCCGCCAAAAACCGAGCCGUGCGACGACCCGCCUCGCUCCGCCGAUUUGAGCUCCGCGGCAAUCGAGGCCGAAUCGGUCGUCGCCGAGCACGGCAGCGUCAGGAACGAGAGCAGCGAAGGUGGCAGUGAUGAUGACUGGGAAGGUGUGGAGAGUACGGAAUUGGACAAGCUGUUCAGCGCAGCGACGGCGUUUGUUGCGACGGCCGCGGCGGAUCGGCAGAAGGUGUCGAGUGAUGCGCAGUUGAAGCUUUAUGGGCUUUACAAGAUUGCUACUGAGGGUCCCUGCAGCGUGCCGCAGCCAUUGGCUCUGAAAAUGACUGCUCGCGCCAAAUGGCAAGCUUGGCAGAAAUUGGGUGCUAUGCCUCCUGAAGAUGCUAUGGAGAAGUACAUUGAUAUUGUCACAGAGCUUUAUCCUAAUUGGGCAGCAGGUUUGACUGUGAAAAGCAGAGGAGGUGGAGAUGGUAGUGCACCUGGUAAUGAUUCUAAAGGACCAAUGGGACCGGUUUUCAGCACCUUUGUUUACGAGGAAGAAUCUGAACAGGAUCUAAAGAUGGAUGCUAUUCAUGCCUUUGCCAGAGAAGGAGAAGUGGAUAAUUUGCUUAAAUGCAUUGAAAGUGGUGUUUCAGUGGAUCAGAAAGAUAGUGAGGGAAGGACCCCAUUGCAUUGGGCUGUGGAUCGUGGGCACCUGAACAUGACAGAGCUGCUUGUUAACAAGAAUGCCAAUGUCAAUGAAAUGGACAAUGAGGGCCAAACUGCGUUGCAUUACGCUGUUAUGUGUGAUAGAGAAGGCAUUGCUCAAUACCUUGUGAAGCAAAAUGCCGACACGAGUGCAAAGGACAACGAUGGCAACUCUCCAUGUGAUAUCUGUGAGUCAGACUGGCCUUGGUUGCAGGGUGCAAAGGAGAAGAGUCACUGACCGACCACGGUUUACUUUGGUUUCCUACGGCCCUAGUUAUUUGAAAUAUUCCUGGGGGAUGUAUAUUGGCGAUGUAUAACCCAAUCUUCUCCUAAAUCUGUUGUCUUCUGAAAAGAUUUCAAAGGAUAAAGCAGUAUGUGUAUGUAGUUUUCUACCUCGUCGUUGUGUAACCUCCUUUUUUAGGGUUACUCGUUUUCCCUAUCGUGGAAGGGAAGGGAAAGGUUGAAAUCGCUGGGUGUAACUUGUACGGUAUAAUGCAUAUCAAAGGCCUACUUUUUGCCA